AGGGUAUUACCGAAGUUCACUUCUAGCCAUCAUGUUCACAGGUAUCGUGGAAGAAAUCGGGACCGUCACCGAGCUCAACCCCCAGGACGAGACAGGCGGGACCUCCCUCAAAGUCACCCUUCCCGAGAAGUCCGAGCUCCUCUCGGACGCGCACCUGGGAGAUUCCAUCGCCAUCAACGGCGUCUGCCUGACCCUCACAUCCUUCAACCCCUCGGGACCCCCCUCCUUCACCGUCGGCAUCGCUCCCGAGACCCUACGCGUCACGAACCUCGGCGCCCUCACCACCGGCGGGCGCGUCAACCUCGAGCGUGCCGUCCGCGCCGACACCCGCAUGGGCGGCCAUUUCGUGCAAGGCCACGUCGACACCACGGCCGAGAUCCUCUCCGUCACGCCGGACGGCAACGCCCUGACCUUUCGCUUCAAGCCCCGGGAUCGCAGCUUCCUUCGCUACAUCGUCCACAAGGGCUUCAUCGCCAUUGACGGCACGAGCUUGACGGUCACCCGCGUCGACGACAACGAGAGUUGGUGGGAGGUCAUGCUCAUCAGCUACACGCAGUCCAAGGUCGUCGUCGCCGACAAGAAGCCCGGUGAGACCGUCAACAUCGAGGUCGACAUGAUGGCAAAGUAUGCCGAGAAGAGCAUGGCUGCCUUCUUUGCAUCCCAUGCGUCGUAAUGCUGUAAUGAGAGCAAUCAAAGGCGAAAAUAGAACAGGGCGACGGUGGAUUUUCUGAAUUUUCUCAAAGUCGAUUCAUAGCCACGAAUAAUAAUGACCUUUGUCG